AUGGCGGACAAGAAAAAUGAAACAAACAAGAAAUGCUAUGAUCGGAGAGUUCGUUUCUGUCCAAUCGGGUCUGGUGACAGGGUUUUGAUCCGAAACCUCGGGCUACGAGGGAAACAUAAGCUUGCUGACCGCUGGACAGCCACUCCAUAUGUUGUUGAGAGUCAACUGCCUGGUUUACCUGUUUUUAAGUUGAGGCCAGAAAAUGGACAGGGCCCUGAUAAAAUGUUGCACCGAAAUCACAUUCUGCCUAUUGGAUCGGAGGUACAGCUGAGAUCUGAAAAGACCACAGAUCCACCCAAACCUAAGAGACGAGUCAGCAAAAGACUCAAAGCAGAGGGGACUGAAAACUGUGACCUGCCUUGUUUCCCAGCCUCUAAACAUGAUGACAAGAUUGAGUCUGCAUCUGACUCGGAAGAUGAUGAAAUGGGGGUAUGGUAUGACUAUCAAGCUCAACCAGCACCGGAGUCAAAGGAACCAGAACCUAAUCAUGACCAGUCACAACCUUUCAGUCUGGAUUUAGAUCUUGCAGUCCCUAUAGAUAAAAACACAGAGAUUGUGGUAGCCACAGCUCAGGAACCUAUCAUAGCUGAUGAGGACGAACUAUUGGUCCAAGAUGAGACAGCCGAAGGGGCUGUUGAGGCUGAAAGAGGCACUGAGACACAGACUACAGACAAAACUAUUGAGAGACGAGACAGGGUAUCAGAGAGCCCAGACGAGACGAGACGACCUCAGAGACUAAGACGGGUACCUACUAGACUGACCUAUGACUUGCUGGGAAGCCCAACGUCUGUAGUAGUUAGUAUACCCAUUGCCACCUUAGUAAAGGCUGAUGACAAAAAGAAUGAUUUCUCCUUAUCUCCUGUUAAAAUUUUCAAAAGCACUGUUUACAAGUGGAUAGGUUAG